UUUCUCGCUCCGCUCCGCCCCCCCCCCCUCCUCCAGGAGCAGCAUUGAAAUGGCUCAGGAGACGAACCAGACCCCAGGGCCCAUGCUGUGUAGUACAGGAUGUGGAUUUUAUGGAAAUCCUAGGACAAAUGGGAUGUGUUCCGUUUGCUACAAAGAGCAUCUUCAGCGACAGCAGAAUAGUGGUAGAAUCAGCCCAAUGGGUAAAGGGACAGCUAGUGGUUCAAACAGUCCUACCUCAGACUCUGCAUCUGUACAGAGAGCAGACACUAACAUAAACAACUGUGAAGGUACUGCUAGUAGCACAUCUGAAAAAUCAAGAAACGUGCCUGUUGCCGCUUUGCCUGUAAUGCAGCAAAUGACAGAAAUGAGCAUUUCGAGAGAGGAAAAAGUAUCACCGAAAACAGAGAUUGAGCCAGUUGUUACUCAACCAAGCCCAUCAGUUUCUCAACCUAGUACUUCACAGAGUGAAGAGAAAGCUUCUGAACUGCCUAAACCAAAGAAGAACAGAUGUUUCAUGUGCAGAAAGAAGGUUGGCCUUACAGGAUUUGAUUGCCGAUGUGGAAACUUAUUUUGUGGACUUCAUCGUUAUUCUGACAAGCAUAACUGCCCAUAUGAUUACAAAGCAGAAGCUGCAGCAAAAAUCAGGAAAGAGAAUCCAGUUGUGGUGGCUGAAAAAAUCCAGAGAAUAUAAACUAGCCUACUUGUGAAAAGACUGACUUUUAUUUGUUUUAUUUUAAUAUAUCCUAGGAAAGCAUUAAAGAGCAGAUGCAUGGCCAUUUUCCUUUGUUCUCCAAAGUUUUAAUUUUAGCCUUGUCUGUCUUGAUAUUUCAGAAUGUUUGGGUGUUUGUUACAGGCAGAAUUGAAUAGAUACAGCCCUUGAAAAUGUAUAUGCUCUCCUCAGAAUAUGAUUAGAUGAUCAGAACCUGCACAGGAAUACACAUGCACAGAGGACAGGCUCUAGUUCACAUGCCAAACAGAUGUAUACUAUCUGCGUGUUUGCAGCAGAUCUGUCUUUUGAGAUGUUCAAGGUGUAUAACACUAGCCAAAGACUAUGUGCCUGUUAGGGAGAAGGAUAUGUCAGAAAGGUUGGCGGUCUACUUCUAUCAUUUAAAAUCUUGUUCUACUUUUAGUUUCCACACUCCAUUGUUUUCCAGCAGAAUGUAAGCCAUGUAGAGGGCUCUACCUUCCAGUAAGAUGAGUGUUGGUGCCAUAUUUAAUAAGUUAUUUAAUAAUUGCAGUGGGAAAAAUGGAAAAAAUCAGAUAUGUAUGAAAAGAAAACUAUUUUGGAACAGAUUACAUUAACUUUAGAAUCAUGAAAAUAUUUUCCCAAAGGAAAUGUCCUGUUAGAAACUUAAGAACUGGCCUGCAACAGUUGUCUGCUUUUCCUUGCAUAGCUAAAAAUGUUGUGUAGCACAAUAUUGUGCUAAGAUUGACUUACAAAACAAGCACUACAUAUGUGUGGGUUUUUUAGACGUACCACAGCAGCUCUAUCAAGUGACACAUGCAUCUGUGUAAGUUGCAGAAGUAUUUGAGCAGUUUAUUAUUCAUGUACUUCUUAAAUUCAGUGUGUUCUGGGCUCAAAAGAAUAUUAGGAGCUUUUUUAAAUUAAAAAAAAAAGUUUUAAAUGUAACAAUUGCA